CCGGCUGCAGCGCCGCCGGGAGGCGGGAGGUCCCAGGCCCCGUUCCCCCCAGUGAACGGAGCUCGUUCCCCAGUCUCGGUCACUGUUGCCUUCGACCGGCGGCGGAGUCAGUCACUUCCAGACCUUUUCGUUCACCUUUUCCUACGCAGCCUCCGCUCCGCACUGUCCUCAGCCCUACAAAGCGAUCGGUGUCGGAGGUUGUGGGGGUUUAUGAGACCGGGCCGCACCCCAUUCGGGGGCUGAGGCUUGGGGCCUAACCUGGACUGACUGCCCCCCACCCCCAUUUAAAAAAAACCCACCUUGGCUGAGGCGCUUGGUCGGUGUCGAUUCCUUCAGGACACUCGGGCUGUUACCCCCUCCCCCUUCAGGAAUCCCGAGCAGGGCCGGCGGGAUGGCUCAGUCCCCGGAGCAGGCCACUCUGCCCGGGGUACAGAAUUUGAAAGCAGACCCAGAAGAACUAUUUACAAAGUUGGAGAAGAUUGGAAAGGGUUCCUUUGGUGAAGUUUUUAAAGGAAUAGACAACCGGACUCAGAAAAUUGUGGCCAUAAAAAAUAUUGAUCUUGAAGAAGCUGAAGAUGAAAUUGAAGAUAUUCAGCAGGAAAUAACUGUCCUAAGUCAGUGUGAUAGUCCAUAUGUUACAAAGUACUAUGGAUCCUAUCUGAAGGAUACAAAAUUAUGGAUUAUCAUGGAAUAUCUUGGUGGUGGCUCAGCUUUAGAUCUGUUAGAACCUGGUUCAUUGGAUGAAUACCAGAUUGCUACAAUACUAAGAGAAAUUUUAAAAGGCCUUGAAUAUUUGCACUCUGAAAAGAAAAUCCACAGGGAUAUCAAAGCUGCCAACGUCUUGCUGUCGGAGCAAGGCGAUGUUAAACUCGCAGAUUUUGGAGUUGCCGGGCAGCUGACAGAUACACAAAUAAAGAGAAACACUUUUGUGGGUACACCCUUCUGGAUGGCACCAGAAGUUAUCAAACAGUCAGCAUAUGAUUCAAAGGCUGAUAUCUGGUCUUUGGGAAUAACUGCGAUAGAACUUUCAAAAGGAGAACCACCACAUUCCGAGCUACAUCCAAUGAAAGUCUUGUUCCUUAUUCCGAAGAACAAUGCACCAACAUUGGAGGGAAACUACAGUAAACCCCUAAAAGAAUUUGUUGAAGCUUGCUUGAAUAAAGAGCCAAGUUUUAGACCGACAGCAAAAGAAUUAUUGAAGCAUAAAUUCAUAAUUCGAAAUUCUAAAAAGACCACUUACUUGACAGAAUUAAUUGACCGGUACAAGAGGUGGAAAGCAGAGCAGAACCACGACCAUUCCAGCACAGAUGAAUCUGACUCGGAAACUGACCGACAAGUAGCAGGAGGAAAUGACACAAGUGACUGGAUCUUCACAAUCAAAGAGAAAGAUCCAAUCAAGCUGCAAAAUGGAGCUACACAGCCCGAUGAUCUCAUUGAGCGGGAUCAGGCAGAAGAUGCUCCAAAGCACAUGCUGUCUCAGUGUUUAUCAACAAUUAUUUCUCCAUUAUUUACUGAGCUCGAGGAGAAGAGCCGAGCUGGAGGCGGUAAUGCUCAAGCAGUAGAAGAACUAAGGGAAGCCAUUUUUUUGGUAGAAGAGACAUGUCCUGGCAUUUCUGACAGGCUCAUAUCCCAGCUUGUGCAAAGACUUAAAAGAUAUUCAUUAAGUGGGGCUGCUACUACUUCCAACUGAAGGUUAAUGUUUGGUCCUUGCCAUCUGCAUUGAGAAGGUGCUCUCAGGCUGAUCAUUUUACCAUAACCUUUGUAAGGGUUAUCCAGGCACAAGCUACCUGUCUUGGACAUACAAUUUCAAAAGAUGAAGUCUCUCAGUGGAGCCAUCAUUUGUUGCUUAAAGGAACUUUUUUUAAAAUAAGUUCUGUCACAGUGCACAAUUUUAGUUGGAUGAAAUGCCUAUUGAUUUUGUUUUUAGUCCCAAAUUGUCUGUUUCGGACUGAGAUAUGGGAACUGAAACCUCUGCAGCACCUGUAUCAAGUAUCUGCUUUAAGUUGAUGGGUUUUUUUUUUCCUGGGAGACUGAGAGGAAGUUGUUGCUUCGUAUAUAUUUGUACAUAGAUUCAUUUUUACUUGAGAUAAAAACCCUGAGAGUGUGUUAAGGACAGAAUUAUACAAAUUGCUACAACUGAAUGCUUAUGUAGACAAUGUUUUGUGGUGAUUCCCUGAAAGGGCCAUUUGCUUUGCUAAUUUUCCUGUAAGGUUCAGUUCAUGUUCAAGUGACAUUUAUUUUAAGCGUUUCAAGGAUCUGGCCAUUUUUUUGUAAAAUUAAUACCCAAUUUGGAAAACCUCGCAUCUCAAAGUCAUCAAAAUAUGCUUUCCCCCCCUCUCACGUCCUGUUAGUUUAUAUAAACAUUGGCCCAAAUUAAAUAUCUUUCUUGAAAUCUGGAUAAUAUUAAUGCUGAAUGCUAUCAUCACUGUUACAUUUACACUGUGCAUGAAAAAUUUAGAACAACAUUGCUGUCAAGGUUUUUUGGGCAUUAAUUUGCUUUCUCUGGUAAUCCAGACAAUACUAAAAGUAACUGGUUGUCACAUUUUUCUUAUUAAACUCUUUGAAGUUAAGCCCCCACCCCCCGCCUACACUACGACAGGAAUGAUCUUUGUCCCUUUUAAGAAAAAGUUUAUCAGGAUCUUUAUUGAAUGCAUAAUUGCUGAUGACCCCUUCAAGUCAGUCGAGAUCUGAGCUGCCACUAGGUAACUUCUGCAAAAAUGUUACUGUUGAUUUCUAAACGUGUUAGCUCAAAAGUCUAUUUUCUGUAUCAGAAAGCUAGUUUGUUCUGUUUUUCUAAGAGUGUGCCAGCUUGUGGCUUCAAACAUUACAGACCCUGUAUAAAAGAGUUGCAACAGGUUAAUGAUAGAAGGUAUGUUUUUAGGGGGAAUAGACCCUGGAAGCUCAACAAUGUCAUCACAAAGAGGCCAAAUCAUAUUUCUUGUGUGCCAAAAAGUUGAGACUCAUGAUUGCCCCAUUCUUUUACUGAAAAGUUUCCCUUAAACUGAAGAACUACAGGCUUUCAUACUUAGUGACUUAUCAAUGCAGAAGCACAGUUUUCAACUAAUGGAAGAAAUGAGUUCUAUCUGAAACUGAUCUUGUAGCUUAGAACUGCAGUGUAGAGGAAGGCCUGUCUGUUUAGAUCAGAGUCCUGGUGCUGGGACUAAGCAAUGUUGCAGUCUGACCUUGCUAGUUUUCUGAGGAUGGGUUAAGUUAAACUUAACCCCAAGCUGUGAACAUAAGGCUUACAAUGCUGUGUCUUGAAGAUGACAUUUUCCAUGGGUUGCAAGAUUAAGAAAUGUUCUCCGUCAGUUCUCUUCAUGCCUCCAGUUCAUUGUCAUCUGUCUUGCUAAAGAAAGUUUCUGAGAAAGAAGCACAAUAAGCAGAAAAGCUUGUUUGUUACACCCCAGGUAAUGGAAGAUUUGCUUUAUCUCUUGUUACGUUCAUUCCUUGUCCUUAAUGUCAGAAAAGUAAAGUUAUCAAGGAUGGUUGAAUAUAUCUGUUUUCAAAAUGUGGAAGAUGUCUGCUGUUUAGAAAGGUUUAAUACAGAAAAAAAAAUGUCACAACAUUGUUGUUCUUUCAAGUGCGGGUCACUUGAUGUUAGUGCCUCAUCAAUCCCCAGAGUCCUCAGGGUUCUGUGUUAAGUGCAUGGUUAAAUUCAGGCAGAAAUAUUCUCCCAGAUAUUUCUCCCCUGACCUUUAGUUGAAUCUGGAACAAUCCUACCCCUGCUAUCCAUGAGGAGGAUUUUGAGUCAACAGCUUAGCCAUUUAGACAUGUACAAGCAACAGAAUUACAGUGCAGAUCUGCCUUAAGGGCCUGGUGUGGGUGACUGCUGUUUAUGUAGUUGCUACUGUAAGGCUCCUACAACUGCUGCUAAUUUACAGGAUAGGAACAGGCCAUUUGAUCCACACUAGUGCUUAUGCUCUGUGGUAACCUCCUCCCCACCCUUACUACUCAGUCUGACUGCAUAACCUUUAUAUUCCUUUCACCCUUGUAUUUAUUCAGCUUCCCCUUAAAUGCAUCCUUAUAAUUCUCCUCAACCACUCCCUAUGGUAGAGAGUUUCACACACUUUGGGUAAAGAGGUUUCUCCUGAAUUCCUAACUGGAUUUUUUUAAGUAAAUAUGUAUAUUAACGGUCACUAGUUUCUGUGACUCUCGCAUAUGGGAAUAUUCUGUUAGAUCUUUACAGAUCUUUAAUGGGUAGCCCCUCACCUUUCUCCUCCUCUAGAAAUUUUUAAAAUGCCAUCCUAUAUUGUAUUGAUAGAAUGACCAGUUAGAACAGUCAGCUCUGAAUCUUAGUGCUGAUCUCAAAGUUCAAAGGUAAGAAUAGUUCUUUGUUUUUGAAAUUUGUUAUGAAGUGUUACUUAUACCCAUUUUGGAAGUGAAGUUUGAUAUCUCGUAUUGUGACAUCUAAGGGAUAAGUUGAGUGUUGUUAGAAUGGGGAGGUGUUUUGAAGAUAUGGUUGAGAAAUAUCUAAAUGUGUAGGCAUGCCUAUGAUUUGUUUUAUUUGCACGAUUAUUUAUCUUAGAAUUUAAAUAAAUUUGAGGAAUAAGCAGUACAUUGUUUUAUUUCAUUAUUAAUGAAGAGAUUUACUUCAGAAUUGUAUGACUUGAAUAUUACAAAUUCCAGCACACAAUGAAAGUUGAGUUUUAGACAGUCUUCAGGUUGCUGAUAUUGAUAGCAUUCUUUUAGCAGCUCAUGAGUCCAAUCUUUGAAUUUCUGUGAAUAACUGGUAAUUAAACCUUUUACUCCAUCAUAUGCUUGAAACAUUUUAAAUAUGCGUCAGAACCAGCUACUACUUGGGAUUACUGAAGAUUUUGUGCUCUUAAUCAACACCUGUGGCAGAAUAAGCUUUUCAGGCUGUUCAGCGUAUCUGAAAAGAGCCUUGUUUUGCAGUGUCCCUUGUGAUUGCCACUAAGCUGUUCAUGCAGCUCUAAGUGAUCUGGGACAGUUAAAAAUCUGAUCGAAAUGCAACUUUACAUUAAAAGUUGUGCCAGUGCAAAAGUAUGAGGCAGCUUGUUCUUUCUGUAAAUCCAGCACUUUAAAAUAUUACACUUUGCCCCAAUUCUAACAUGUUAAAAAGAAAUACAAUCAUACUUUUAUCUACCUUCUUAAGAAUGUAGCUUCAAAAAUGACUUCAUGUUGUAAGUAUACAGCUGAAUCUGUUAAGAUUGCAUUCCUACUUAGGGUUUGGUAUUUUUGUUACAGGUAGGCAUUCCUACCCCAUGUUAAGCACUCUGGCUGAUUUGUUUUUUUAAAUUAAGAGUGUAUCAUUUUAUGAAUAUGUCCAGUCAACAGAAGUGUCAAUUACCGUGAGAUCAUAUUUGCUACUUAGAAAUGUUUCUCAAUUAUUGGAUUUUGUAUCUAGCUUAAAAGAGAAGUGCACUUGUGACCAGUAAUGGUUGGCUAAAUUUAAAGUUCCUAUCUCCAGAAUAGUCAUAACCGAGGUACUGAUUAUGGAUCCAUUCAUAUAAAACCUGUUAAACAGAAAAUCUCAGUAACUUGAAUGUACUGUUAGCAUUCUGAUCUUAAGUUAUUUUGUUUUUUUUUGAAGGUGGAUAUUUUCUACUAGUUUGCACUAUAUGUUUGGUCAGUUAAAGAAGAAAGGUGAAAUUCGGCACUGUCUACUAAUUAUAAGCUUCAAGCUAUCACUGUUUCCAUAACAAGUGCCAUGACUCAUUAUAUGCCCUUUCUUGUGGUCUUGAGCUGCACUUUUCAAUGUCAUUACAUCCUUAUUUUGGUUUGUGUGUAUUUGGCUGCACUUUUAAAAAGAUUUCUUUUCAGUAAUGAAAACAUGGUACAUGAGUCACAGUUUUGUACCUAUUCUCCCCCGUUAACUCCAAUUUCUUCACAAUCAAAGGAAACUGUAAUUAUUAUAUUCUGUGCAUAAAAUGGCAAUAAAGUUGUAGGAUCAUCAGGAAAUGUUCUUAAACACAGGUAUAAUGUAUGGAGUGAUUCAUUUUAAAAAGACAAUAUUUUUAUAUGUGUGUGUGUAAAGAGCUAGUAUUGCAGUAAAGCAGUCGUUUAAGAUGUUUAAUAAUGACUGGAUACUUUAAGAUGCUAAUUAAGUGUAAAUUUCAUUUUAUGUAACAUUGCUGACAGUUUAUAGUCUUGUAUAUAAUCCUUGCUUCUGUCAUUACACAAUGUAUUGUAAUUCCUUGUAAGCUUUAAGUGAUUU